GGAGGAGAGGGCUCGGACAUGGGGAGAAUCAGCACUGGCCCGUCUGAUAGAGAUCGGUAAUUUUUUUAACUAAAAAACCGAGAGGCCUUAGGAAACGAAAGAAGAAACAAACCCAUCCCUGGCACGAAGCAUUAAAUACACCAAUGGACUGAAUGAAGACUGCAUACAACGCCUAUCGAUGCCUGGCCAAGGAUUUGGACGCUUACGCCAUGAAUCCAGAGAUGACAAUGGACAGCAUUGGCAAUCUGCAUGUUGGAGUAAACCAUGACCAGGAUUUGAUGAGCGGUCACAGUCCCCACCACGACCGGAACACGAGGGCUUCUUUGAGUAUACAUCAGGAUUUGGCGACAGCUUCUUCGCGGUCAGCAAUGGUAUCCAGCAUGGCUACGAUCCUGGACGGGACUGGUGAGUACCGUCCGGAAUUGUCUCUGCCGCUCCAUCACGCUAUGAGCAUGCCGUGUGACACAUCCCCGCCUGGGAUGGGCAUGAGCGGAACUUACACUACUUUAACUCCACUCCAACCCUUACCUCCCAUUUCUACCGUUUCUGACAAGUUCCACCCUCAUCACCAUCACCACCAGCGUCUCUCUGGGAACGUAAGCGGGAGCUUUACGCUGAUGAGGGACGAGAGGGGUUUACCAGCAAUGAACAACCUCUACAGCCCUUAUCAUAAGGAAAUGUCUGGGAUGGGACAGAGUUUAUCCCCCUUGGCCACCAGCCCCCUUGGCAACGGCUUGGGUUCAAUCCAUAAUACGCAGCAAAGCCUCCACAACUAUGGCACGCAUGGCCAUGACAAGAUGCUGAGCUCUAACUUUGAUGCCCACACUGCCAUGCUGGCCAGGGGGGAUCAGCACCUCUCCCGAGGCCUCGGUGGCCCCGCGGCAGGUAUGAUGCAGCAUUUGAACGGGAUGCACCACACCGGGCAUCCGGGCCACCCUCAAUCCCACGGGCCUGUGUUGGCUUCCAGCCGGGAUAGACCGCCCUCCUCCUCGGGAACGCAAGGUACCAACUCUGGGCAGCUUGAGGAGAUCAACACCAAAGAGGUGGCACAAAGGAUCACGGCAGAACUGAAGCGCUACAGCAUUCCACAGGCGAUCUUCGCCCAGCGGGUCCUUUGUCGCUCGCAGGGAACGCUUUCCGAUCUCUUAAGAAACCCCAAACCGUGGAGUAAACUUAAAUCGGGAAGGGAGACGUUCAGGAGAAUGUGGAAGUGGCUGCAAGAACCAGAGUUUCAGAGAAUGUCGGCCUUACGGCUUGCAGGAGAAUUCUGUAAACAAGACGAGACAUCACAGCGACUUAUGUUUUCUGCAUGCAAACGCAAAGAACAAGAACCAAACAAAGACAGGAGCAAUACACCAAAGAAAUCCCGCCUGGUUUUUACUGACCUCCAGCGGCGCACCCUGCUGGCCAUCUUCAAGGAGAACAAGCGCCCCUCCAAGGAGAUGCAGCUCACCAUCUCACAGCAGCUGGGCUUGGAACUGGCCACCGUGAGCAACUUCUUCAUGAAUGCCCGGAGGCGAAGCCUGGACAAAUGGAUGGAUGAGGGGAGCCCAGGAGCAGCUUCCUCUGCCUCCAGUACUUGCACCAAAGCAUGA